AUGAAGCUGCUAGUAAUCCUGUCAGUGAUAGCUAUAGGCUAUGCGGAUAAGUUGGAUAGGACCUAUCUUCCUCCAAGCAAUGCUGCAUCGGCUGGAGGUAGUCCAGGCGCUUUGACAGCACCCGCUAUCCAAUCAGGAUCUUCUUUCGGGAAAGUUGUUUCAUCUGGAUCGGGAUCUACUCCAGGACCUGCAGGAUUUACUCAAAGCCCAUUAGUUUUCAGUCAAGGGUCAGCUGGUAUUGCACAAGGAGCAUCCGGUUUUGGUCAAGGACCAUCUGGUGUUGCUCAAGGAGUGUCCGGUUUUGGUCAAGGACCUCUUACUAUUCAAGAACCAUCCGGUUUUAUUGGUCAAAAACCAUCUGCUUACGGACAAGGACCAUCCGGUUUCAGCCAAGGAUCGUCCGUUUUCGGCCAAGGACCAUCCGCUGUCAGCCAAGGAUCAUUCGGUUUCGGUCAAGGGCCUUCUAACAGUGAACAGCCGCUAAGUGGCUUAGAUUUGUCUAACAAAGUUCUCCCAAGUGGAAGUGGAUUUGUUUCAACCAAAACUGGUGCUACACCAGGUAGUUCAUACGACGCAGCAUUUGAAACAAGAAUCCCCUCUGCUCCUUUAGAUUUUGGCUCACCCCAACUAGAAGCUAAUCAAGCUGGAGUAACACAACUUGCCAACGGUCCUUUUACCCAAGGUUUUGGACAGGGUUCAUUCGGUCCAAAUGGACCACAAGCUUAUACACCUGAGCGUGCACAAGCAUCUGCUGAUAGGAGUGCUACAAUUUUAAAUUAUUAUAACGAAAACAAUGGUGAUUCUUAUAAAUACAGUUAUGAAACUUCUAACGGUAUUUCUGCUGGAGAAGAAGGUGUAGCUACUAAUGGUGUAAGAGCACAAGGAGGUUAUUCCUACACAGGUGAUGAUGGAGUGUCUUAUUCAGUGACUUACACCGCUGAUGAAAAUGGUUUUCAACCCCAGGGAGACCAUUUACCCACUCCUCACCCGAUUCCUGAAGAAAUAUUAAAAUCCAUUGAAGAAAACGCUAGAGCUGCAGCUGCUGGUACCCAAGAAGGUGCGUACCGACCUGAAGAAUAUGAAUCUGAUGAACCACUACGUCAAUACAAUGCUGGAGCUACUAAUUUCAACCAACCUCAAGGUCCAAAUGUUGGUGCUGUUCAAGGUCCUCAAUCAGCUCAAAAUCUAUUCAACAGACCUGAAAGCAACCAAUUCCCUGGAAGUCUAGAUCAAUUCACACAAAAGCGUCCAAUUGGUAUAUCUGGCCAGUAUGGACCACAGAGCGCUGGCUCAUUCGGACAAUUUAAUGAAAAGUCAUCUGCGGGAUUAAGUCAAACAAUUCAAGGCCAAGAUCAAGGUACUAACGGAUACAAUUACAAACAACCACAAAGUAACUUUGAAUCGACUGGUCUUGGACAACGUCCUUCAAGCCAAUUUCGCCCACAAGCAAAUGCUCAAGAACAGAAAGAUUUCUCUUUAAAUAUAGGUUCUUCCAAAUCAGGAUCCAACAAUCAAGGUUCUGCACCUGUUGCUAAUGGCAUAACUAGCGUUUCUCCCUUAGGUGGUUGGCAAACUCAAUACCAGACUGGAUUAAGUCAAUCAGCUGAUACUGGUAGCACAUCAAGUCAAGGUCAACAGUCUUCAUUUGGAUCUUCACAAGGUUCUCAAUACAGACCCGGAAGCACACCAUUUGGACCUAUAGGUACACCAGGACAAGGUAACCAGUACCAGCUAAACACCAACCAGAACGCAUUUGGUGUAAAUAGAGCUAACCAAGACAAUCAGAAUGGUGGACUAAUCAUUGGUCAAGACAACCAAAAUCAAUACGGAAAUAAACUAUCUAGUGAUUCCAUUGUUGGCAUACCAAAAACUUCCCCAACCUACAAUCAAAACACUCAGUCGUCGAGUGCAUUUGGACGCGGUACUCAGCAAAAUGGAAACCAGGCUCUUGGUUCCAAAGUUGGAUCAAACCAAGGUGUGUCACAGUUUGGUGCAGGCAAUCAAGCUUUUGGAUCCAGUGUUACAACCUCAGCUGGUGUAAGAGACUCACAACCAAUUCAAGCUCCUUAUCAAUACAACCGACCUAGUCAGGGUUUCGAUUCUCAGCCACAAAGGCCUGGUUUCAAUGGACCGCAAAGUCCAACUCCGGUGAGCCAAGGCAUUCAAAGAGUACCAGAACAAUUUGGUGGACCUCGUCAACCGCCGAGCUUCAGUCCAGAACAGGGUUACAAAUAUUAG